AAAAAAAAAAAGAUCGAUUGAUUCGAUUGAGACGAGAAAACAAGGCAACGUCCCCCUCUGCCGAAUUUUAAUACCACACUCGUUCUCCUCCUCCAUUAGCCAGCCUUCACGAGAAAUAUCGCAAUCAUGGCUGUGGACACAGAACCUUUCCUUCAUCUGUCAAGGCCCUUGGCGCCGACAAUAUUGAACUACCAGAGCAAUAUCUCCCCGCUCUCAGUGGUCAUUCAACCCCAAUCCAUCCUCUCUAUUCUCGACCAUGCCACCCGUCGCGAUAUCCGCCCCGCCUCCACAAACGCAAACAACUCCAACACUUCCACACCCGCCCCCUCCUCGACCUCAUCCUCGCGCGUCAUCGGCGCUCUCGUCGGCACCCGGUCCGAGGAUGGCACCGAAGUCUCCGUAGCGUCCUCCUUCGCGAUCCCGCAUACGGAGAACGAGGACCAAGUAGAAGUCGACGUGGAGUACCAAAAGAACAUGCUGUCCCUCCACCUACGCGCACACCCCCGCGAAGUACUUCUAGGCUGGUAUACAACAAGCCCCGAACUUAACAGCUUCAGCGCCUUGAUCCAGAAUUUCUUCGCGAGCCCGGAAACGGGCACAUUCCCUCACCCCGCAGUGCACCUAACAGUCUCUGCUGAACCCGGCCAAGACGUCCAAACCAAAGCCUACAUCUCGGCCCCCGUAGCCGUCAACGCCGAGCGCGCAUCCGAAUCCUGCCUCUUCAUCCAGGUCCCACACCGACUAGCCUACAACGACGCCGAGCGCUCCGCCCUCGACCUAAUCGCCUCUGCCCGCGACAACUCUGCGCGUUCGGCCCCCGUAGUCUCCGACGUAGAAUCUCUAACCCGCAGUCUCGAGCACUCCCUCGAGCUCCUAGACCGCGCCUCUGAAUACGUCGGCGCAGUAAUCGAUGAAGAGCGCGAGCCCAACAACGCUCUAGGCCAGUACCUUAUAAGCGCAUUAUCGCUCGCGCCCAAGGUCGACCCCGUGAGCAUCGAGUCCGACUUCAACAACCACAUCCAGGACGUGUUGAUGGUCAGCUACCUCGCCAACAGCAUCCGCACCCAAAUCGAUCUGAGUCAGCGACUCGCUACGGCGGCUUUGGCUAACGAUGACGGUGCUAAGGAUGGCAGCGGUAGCAAGGAUGGUGAGAAGGAAGGUAAAGGCGAGAGAGGCGAACGUGGUGGACGCGGUGGUAAGAGAGGAGGCCGAGGUGGCGGACGGGGUGAUCGGCAACAACGAGAACCCCGCGAGCUUCGUGAGCCUCGUGAGAACGCCGAUUGAAGUAACCCAGAAGCGGGUUAAUAACCUGGAUGAAAAACAGUCCCGUGGCGGUAUCAUGUACACAUAGCAUGGCCAACGGAGUGGGGAUAUCAUGCCGUGUCGUGACUGCUUCUUAUUACUAUUGCAUAACGCAUAGAAGGAAUAAGGCAGUUCCAAAAAAAAUCGGCAGGGCAGGGUAGUUUUGUGAGAUAACGCAAAAAGAGAAAGAGAGGUUUAUACGAGGCGUUCGCGUCCGGUCAAAUUAAGGGCAUUAUUUUUACAACGUACUAGAUGAAUAAAAAAGAGGAAAUGCUACCACAAGAAUAUUCGUCGUUGUAAUCAAUUCCUAACCCGUCCUAUUAUCAUCACUCCAUAUUAAAACGCAGUAAUUAUUAUUAUUAUUAUUAUUAUUAUAAGAUAUUAGUUAAAAUGGAU